AUGUCAAAGGAAACAUUUCCGUUCACUUCUACCUCACUGCGCUCACUGAGACUGGAGCGGGAGUUCCAGGAUUGGGAGGAUGCAAGGCGGUCAUUGGCCCAUAGGAGAUCCAUGAGUAGGCCUCCUGUACCCAGGGCCCCCAGGCCUCCACCCAGGCAGCAGCGACUCCAGGAGGUCAGGGCCCCUCCACCUCAGAUCCGGUGCAGAGACGUGGCCGUCCACAAUACGUUCAUGUGUGGGGACAUGAAAGGAGUGUAUGCGGUGCUGAAGGACCCCGGGAUGGUCAACGCCCUGAUGGAGACGGUGCAUGAGGAGAUGGUGUGGGCUCCAGAGAUGGGCAUGUGGACGCUGAGCUCAAAGGUAAAACAGACUUCAGCCUUACGUCUGGCUGCCAGCAGAGGACACUCAGGAUGUGUGGAGGAGCUGCUUUUCCGUGAGGCCGAGGUGAACGCCAACCCUGGAGGCAGCACCGCCCUGCAUGAUGCCUGUAUAGGCGCUCAUCCUAUUUGCGUCCAGCUGCUGCUCUCUCAUGGAGCAGAUCCUGACGUGUUGGCCGAAGAAGGCAGCACUCCUCUUCACCUCUGCACCUCUGCUCAGUCAUUCCAGUGUGCUGAGAUGCUUUUAGAAGGUGGUGCAGAGGUCAAUGUGAGGACCAAUGAGUCGAGGCUCACACCACUGCACGUGGCCUCUCGGCGAGGUUUGGAGGAGCAUGUGGAGCUCUUCCUCUCUCACGGAGCAGAUGUUUUAGCCACAAACCAAGAGGGAGAGACCCCUCUGAACGCUGCAUGCUCCGGGGCAGAGAGGCCAUCUGAGGCCGGCCGCUAUCUCCGUGUGAUUCAGAAGUUACUGGAUGCAGGAGCCAACCCCCGAACUGCAGGCAGGAAGCAGCACACCCCCUUGCACAACGCCUGCUCAAACUGCAGCCACAGGAUUGUAGAUGUCCUCUUGCAGUAUGGAGCCAAGGCGGACGUUUCAAACUGUGCAGGAUACACACCAAUGGACUGUCUGUUGCAGGUGGUUGAAGAUUACCCGGACCAGCAACCUGAAGCAAUAGCACGAUCCCUCCUGAACCACGGAGCCAAGCCUGUUUCACCAAAGAUGCUGAAGCAGUGUGUCCUCUCCCCUUCCACUUUGGAGGUGAUGCUGAACUCGUACACAUCUGUCCCUCACUGUGAAUGGAUGGACUCUCUGCCUAACGAGAUAUACGAGGAUCAUCCAUUUUUCUUUGACCUGGUGCGUCAGCAGAGCGGUCAGCCUCGCUCUCUGCAGCAUCUCUGUCGCUGUGCUCUACGGCAGCACUUGGGAGCCCUGUGCUACUCAGCGGUCAGUAAACUGGAUAUUCCCAGCUCUGUGAAGGAUUACCUGCUACUCUGUAAUGAUGGGACGCUCCAGUGAAUUGAUUUUUAUAUUAUAUACAUCAGCAACAGGAUGGUGCCU